GGGCUAUAUAACAAGCCCCUCCAGAUCACUUAAUAGUUCCACUUCCACCUCUGCCUUCGGUCCUUCCCAUCCUACCUCACCGGCCAAACCAAAUCGCCCACCGAAACCCUGCCACAUAUAUUCAUUUCCCACUUUCACUCUCCGGCCUCCAUUCAUAAAUAAGAACUACCUUUAUCAAUUAGAUCCAGAGAUAUAUCUCCCCAACAAGACAAACCCAUCUGGUUUUGCCCAGAAUCAGCAUGGAGGUUGCAGGGUUUGCUCAGAAUCAACACUUUGGUUUUCGUGGUUUGAAUCGUCCUGCCUACUGCGCAUUUGACUUCAUUCUGAAAGCCAUAAGAGGAUGUUUCGCAUAUGUUGCUGAAAAAAAAGAUUUGACAAAGGAGCACCAAAACCAAAUGUCUGUAAUGUGCCUAUUGCCACAAUAUGGUGCGGCUGGAAAGCUGCUCUACAACGUUGGGUAUAUAGAGUUUUUUAAUUCUCAUCUAUCUGAAAACAUGAAUCAGAUGGAGCUCUCCCUGUUCAGAGCCAGAAUGGAUACCAAAAGACAAUUGAAUAUUUUGCUUGGCAAAAUAGUGAACCACAUGACUGGGGGAGAAUUUUUGCUUAAUAAGGAAGGCGUUUAUUAUGAAUAUUAUUGGUGGAUCCUUGCACUAAUUGAAAUAGUAAACCUUGUAGGCUUCAUUUCCUACAUGUGUUACCUUAAUAAGAAGUGCAAUGCAUUUGAAGCAGAUUGUUUGUUGAGAGAGGAGAGCACAAUUCGACCAAUAGAUGGUGCAAAUGGAGGAGAGGUUGAGCAGUCCCACUGUGAAGGCCCGCCUGAAGAUUUAUAGGUAUAUUUAAAGCUUAGGUCGGAUAUUUCACUUAUAAUUUAUAUUGUAAUAUUUCAAUAGUCGUAUGCAUGCUUUUUACACAUCAAUAUCAUACUACUCUGAAUUGAAUUCCCUGUGUUACGUGUAAUGAAGGCAAGGAAGACCACUUGAUGGAUCACUUCGUUCCACGCUGGGUUACUGCCAGCAGAUCUAGCUGGCUUUCAUACCUGUUAGAGUCUUGGACUUAGAGUUAAGUAAUUAAAGUUUAAAGUAUGUGCCGCGGGAACUACUGGGCUGAAUUCCAGAUUGUCGGUGAUAUUAGGUCUUGAAUUGGACUUUUUUGUACUGAUGGGUUGGAUUGGGGACGAGACCUUCAUUGGUUCAUAAACUGAUUCUUUUUUAUGCAUUCUUUUGGAUGACUCAUUAAACUAGUCCAUAUAUUUAUGUACUGGCGUUUAUUUUUUAGCACGUGUUCUGUUGCUACUCUGUGUUAUCAUCUAAAAUACGAUCAUGUAGAAGGUUUUAUACGCGGAGCAUAUAAAUAUGAAAUGCACGGUCCAACUAAAUAUGUAAAUAUUAAAUUCUAACAAAUAUGUUAAUGUGAGAACAAAUACAAUUAAAAUGUAAUUAAUAUAAAAAUGUAACUAAAAGUGACUUUAAUAUUAUAACAUGACUUUAAUAUGAAAACGUAUCUAAUGUAAAAAUGUAACUAAAAUGUGACUUUAAUAUGAAAAUGUAUCUAAUGUAAAAAUGUAGCUAAAAUUUGACUUUAAAAUGACCGAAGAGUUUUCUUAUGCAUUACAAGCCAAUUAUUCCAAUGUGUUGGCAAAGACCGAAGAAGAAUUGUAAGUUGAAAUUGAACACUAACGCGUUGUUAUACCUAUGUUUCAUCGGGAGGGGCAAUUCUUUAAAAUGAUAUAGGAGAGCUUUUGGCUGCUAUCAGCUUUCCUGUAUCUGCGACGUCGAGCAUAAAAGCUGAACCCCGACCUUUCAUUUCAGCUACUACCUGGGCGAUUCAGGAAGGUUAUUCAGGGUUUCAGGUGGAAUCCAACUCUUCAUCAACCUUGGAUCUCAUUUGAGACGACAGGGCGAGAAAAUGGAUGGACCUUAUUCGUGAUUUCCGUCUCUUGACUGACAACAGGGAGAUUUAGUUUAGUCAUGUGAUACGGGAAGGAAAUGAGCUGGCCCAUUACUUACCAUAUCUUCACGCGGAUCAAUUCCUCAAAUUUGUAUCUGUUGGUUCUUUACCUUCUUCUGUUAUGAUGCUUAUUAUGUUGAUUUAUUUAAUUUCCCUUCUUUUAGAUUUAUCAGUCAAUUUGUAUUAUUGGGUCAGGCCUAGCCCUCCCAAUUCGCUCUUCAUUUGCGAUUAUUUAUGUAUUUCGAAGAGGUAUGCCUCUUCCGGGGAGGUUUGGUUUGAUUCUCCUUUCCGUUGUAUUUUUAUUUAUUAUUUUCAAUAAAAACCUUGCAAAUAUUCCUCGGC